AUGUCGCGGAGGCUCUUGGUCUCGAGGGCACCCGGCCCCAUCCGUCGUCACUUUGCAACAGAACCGGUUGUUGAUUACUACGCUGUGCUUGGAGUGCCACCUGGAGCUACAACGAAGGUAUCACUGGCUUACGAGGUACUGGGCUCAGAUGAAAAACGGAAAAUGUAUGACAUGACAAGGAUACGAACAUCACCUGAUCUUGGGUACGUUGGAUGCAGAACUUCUUAA